AAAAGAUUUCGGUUGACACCAAAAAUAAACUACAGCCGUACCCACGGCAAAAUAUUGUUUGUGUUUUGUCCGUGGUUUGUUUAUAGAUGGGAACUUAAUUUUUGGAAUUUCUUUUUUAAUUAUUACUCUUAUUAUUUAAAGAUCAGUAAAAAAUGACAACUUCGAAAAGCCAAUCUUUAAAAUGCAAAGAUCUGCAUGAUUAUUUAAAAACUCUAUCAGCAGCUGUUCUGGAAAAAUUAUAUAACCACCCUGCUACAUGUUUAGCUGUAUUCAGAGAAUUACCUUCCUUGUCCAAACACUAUGUUACUAGACUUUUAUUUGUGGAACAGCCUGUACCUCAAGCAGUUAUUGGAUCUUGGCUUGGACAACAAUAUGUCAAACAACAUCUGGAUGCAGUUGAAGCAUUAUGUGAACUCCAUAUUUAUAUGGAAUCUCCUGUACCUGGAGGCUUACCUGGAUGGGUUUUGAAUACAACAUUCCGUAAAAACCUAAAAACGGCUUUACUUGGAGGAGGAAAACCUUGGGCUGUUUAUGCAAAUCUUGAAAAAGACAAACAUGCUAGAGAUGUUAAAUUUCUUGAUGCUUAUGCUCUGGAGAGAUGGGAAGCUCUCUUGCAUUUCAUGGUUGGUUCUCAACAAACAGAAAAUGUGGUUAGUAAUGAUGCCAUCAAAGUCCUUUUGCAUUCAGGAUUAAUGAAAAAAGAAGGUGAAUCUAAUGUAAUUACAACAGAAGGUUUUCAGUUUCUUCUUAUGACAACUGCCUCUCAAGUUUGGCAUUUUAUGUUACAGUAUCUUGAUACUAUUGAAGAACGAGGGUUGAAUUUAGUAGAUUGUCUAACAUUCCUCUUUCAACUCAGUUUUCUUACUUUAGGAAAGGAUUAUAGUACUGGUGAAAUGAAUGAAUCAAUGUUAAUGUUUUUGCAACAUCUUAGAGAACUAGGCAUAGUCUAUCAGAGAAAGCGGAGAUCUGGGCGAUUUUAUCCUACUCGUUUAGCUAUUAAUUUGGCAUCUGGUCUUAAGGAAGUUAACAUGGAUGUCAACAAAACAGGCUACAUAGUUGUUGAAACAAAUUAUAGAGUGUAUGCAUACACAGAUUCCCAUCUUCAAAUAGCUCUUAUUGCUCUUUUUUGUGAAAUGAUGUACAGGUUUCCAAAUUUUGCUGUUGGUGUCUUCACUCGGGAAAGUGUCAGAGAAGCAUUAAAAUGUGGAAUCACUGCAGAUCAGAUUGUAAAAUUUCUUCAAAUGCAUGCUCAUCCUGAAAUGUUGAAACAGAAACCAAUUUUGCCACCCACUGUUGUUGAUCAAAUUCGACUCUGGGAAAUGGAAAGGGAUCGUUUCAAGUUUACUGAAGGUGUUUUGUACAGCCAAUUUUUAUCUCAAAGUGAUUUUGAAUUGCUUUGUAACUAUGCUCAGGAUUUAGGUGUUUUGAUAUUCAGUAAUCCUUCAAGACGAGUAAUGCUAGUUAGUAAAAGUGGCCAUGAUGAUGUUAAAAGGUUUUGGAAAAGGCAUCGACAGGAUCACUAGUAUGUAUCAGUGGAGACAUGUCUUAAAGCCCUUGAACAUCAUGCUAAAAAAAAUUAUUUUUAUACAGAAAAUGUAAAUAAAACAUGUUUAUCAUCUAUUUUUUCCCCAUUAUGUAUAUAUUGUAAUAAAAACUUGUUAAUGUUUUA